AUGAUGCUUUGGCUUGGCUCCAUAAUUUCAAUGUUGAUGAAAAAAGUAUUGCUGACAAAUUUUAAAAAUGUGGCUGUCGGUGAGAAUGAAUGUUAUAAGGGAAAUCGAAUACCUUUUGAAGAAUUACUCGACCGUAAUGUAUCUACAUCCGAUCUUCACCGGUGGUCAAUACCACUUGAUAUAGCUGAUGCAUACGGAGCCUAUUCUGAAGGCAAAGAUUUGAUAGAUGUAUCUCAAAGGUUUAUUUGCAAUUGUUCAACAACGACAACAUUCGGCCGUUUCUGUGAAUAUGAAUGGAGUGAUACGAGCGAGACAAUAGUUGAAGAAACUAUUCAAUCUAUUGCUGAUGCAAAGAAUUCAACCUAUCCGGCAGAUCGACUUCUAUCUUGUUAUACAUUGAUCGAGACAGACACUAACACCAACAAUUUAUGUUUGGAUUACCGAGAUGUUUGUGAUGGUGAAUCGGAUUUACUAAAUGGUCAGGAUGAAACAUAUUGUCAUCUUGUUGAAAUGAAUGAAUGUGAAUCGGAUGAAUUUCGAUGUCGAAAUGAUAUGUGUAUUGAUCGUCAAUAUUUAUUUGAUGCUGAAGCUGAUUGUUUGGAUUUAACUGAUGAACAACGUCCGUUAGCCAAGGAUAAAUACAAAGAUUACGUUACAUGUUAUGAACGAGCAAGUAUUGAUUGUGACGAUCAUUGGUGCGGAAGAGAAGAAUUAUCAUGUGGUGAUGGACAAUGUUUACUAUGGAAUACACGAUUUUGGUAUCAUCCAGAUGGUGGCUGUCACAAUGGUUUUUCUUUCACAUACAAUUGUCCAAUUUCAGAACCUGUCCCAAAUUCCGACCGGAAAAAUCUGUUUGUUAUCACUGGAAAUAAUGGUCGAUGUACAAUGAAUAUAACUGAUGUAAUAGAAGAUGAUAAUUCAAAAUGUAUGCGUGCUGUUUUGUGUAGUGUCACACUUCAUCCAUCAUGUGAAUAUCUUCAAUUACUUUAUUCUACUCAUGAAGAUGCUCUUGUGCGUGUUCAAAAGGAAUGUCAAAAUCAAAAAAUAACAUAUGCAUUUGGUAUUCAGUUCUUUUCACCAUUCGUUCAAGCCUAUUACACGUUAGAACAAUAUAAUAUCAGUUAUCAAAUUACUUUUUGGAUACUUAUGAAAUUAAAACAACCGGCAUUAUUUUGUUUUGUAGGAACGAAACGUUGUGAAAAUGAUAUUGAAGUCACACAUAAUGGUUCUGUAUGUCUUUCGUACGAUGAUGUUUACGAGAAAAAUUAUCCAUAUCCUCCAUUCGAAUAUCUUUUCUGUUUAAAUGCUGGUAUGAAACCGUUGGCUAGCAUGUGCAACAAGUAUCCUAAGCAUUUCUUCCGAUAUCCAAAAACGGGUGAAUGUAUUUCAAAAUAUCGACUUUUCGAUGGAUUUUCUGAUUCUCUCUAUGGGACAGAUGAGCAGAAUUAUACAGCCAUUGUUCAUGUAUUGAUGCCGAAGCAUGCAAAAGAUCGAUAUUUAUGUGGAAAUGUAAGUUUGGUAACAAGUACUGUCAUGCGAUAUUUUCUUGGUAAGUAG